AUGGCUUGGGGCAUUCUCGAGCAUAAAUCGGGCUUAGCCAAUGUCCCUGGGACUGCCCUACUGGAGCAGGAAUCCGGCGACGAAGCCGUUCACCUUGAGCAUCUCAAGAAGACAGUCCGUGGAGGCGAGACCAUCAUUUUGGUUCCUCAACCCUCGGAUGAUCCAAACGACCCGUUGAACUGGCCCUUGUGGGCAAGAGACAUGCUCCUUUUGCUCUUUUCUUACUGCUGUAUUCUCUGUAUUGGCGGGAUCGGGCCCAUCUUGUCGUCCUUGGCGCUGGAUCUGACCAUCUUGUUCAAUGUUUCAUUUACGGACGUCUCGCUCCUCACCGGCUACAGCCUCUGCGCGACUGCGGCCUCGGGACUGUUCAUUUCGGCAGCGACUCACAAGUAUGGCAAGCGGAUGACUCUUCUUUUCUCCAUGGUUUUCGCCUUUGUUGGCACCACAUGGGGAGGCUUUUCUCAAUCUUACGGCUCUUUGCUGGGUGCCCGCAUUAUCCAAGGCCUCUCCGUCUCCUGGUUUGAGUCCGUCUUUUUCGCCAUUGUGGGAGAUCUCUAUUUCGUCCAUGAGCGAGGGGUUCGCGUCGCUAUAGUGACGACAUGCAUUGCCGGGAUAUCAAACCUACCUCCCCUUCUCGCCGGGAAGAUUGCCACAGCCCUGGGAUGGAGAUGGGUUUUCUGGAUGUUAGCCAUCUUCCUUGGCGUGGGCCUGGUUCUAUGCAUUUUCUUUGGAUGGGAGACAGCGUACAACCGUCAGGCAUUUUACAACACCGACUUGGCUUCCGAAGACAACCUAGAUUCUCUCGACGCAAAGCGGGCUGCUGGAGCCGCUUAUCAUCAUGGCGAAGUUGGUGAUGCUGAUGCCACGGCACUCUCAACAGCACAAACCACGACCGCAAGCGUUGCCGUUCCUCGAAAGUCCUUCAUUGCUCGUAUGCAUCCAUACUCGGCAACUUACUCGGAUGAGCCGCUGUGGAGACUUGCCAUCGAACCCAUCAUUGUCGUUUACAACCCAGCCGUGAUCUGGGCCAUCUUGUUGAUGUCGUUUCCGACGCUCUGGGCUGUGGCAAUCAACCUUCUCACCGCACAGAUCUUUUCGGCCCCGCCCUUUCUCCUCGACACGGCACAGCUGGGUUACCUUUCUGCCGGGCCGACCGUGGGUGGUUUCAUAGGCUCAAUCGCUGCGGCCGCUAUCUCUGAUCCCUUCAUCAAAUUCAUGGCACGCAGGAACAAGGGGGUUUAUGAGCCGGAAUACCGCUUGGUUCUCAUCAUCCCUGCCUUCGUGCUGUCGGCAAUUGGCUACUUUCUCUUUGGAGCUCUGAUCCAAGCGGGAAAGAGUCCCGUUGCAAUGGCCGCGCUGUGGGGAAUCACAGUAGCCGCGCUUCAGUUCAUGAUCAUGGCUGUCGGCACCUACUGCGUCGAUGCUUAUCGCACCAUCAGCGUGGAGAUUUUCAUCUCUACAAUGGUUAUCAAGAACUUCAUAUUCUACGGAUUCUCCUACUUCUUAAACGAUUGGAUUGCACGAUGGGGAGCACGGCGCAUGUUCUACUGUGUCGCGGGAAUCCAGAUUGGGUUGUGCCUGACUACUGUUCCACUGUAUGUCUUUGGCAAAAAGCUACGGGCUUGGUGGCACAAA